AUGUUAAGGUGUUUGGUUUUCUGUGCGGUAUUCGCUUUUGCGUGUGCUUUAUACGACAAUUAUAAUGGCCACGCUCUAUACCGCGUAUCGGUCGCCACAGAAAGACAGGCAGAAUUCUUGCAUGGUUUGGAACUAACACACAACUUGGAUCUAUGGCAGCGAGCGGCGCCGGGCGCGGAGUCUAUAGUUCUGGUGCCUCGGGAACACCGCGUUUUGAUGGAAGCUCUGUUCCUCUUGAAUGGCAUGAAGUAUACGAUUGAAGUGCGGAAUGUUAAGCCGUUCCUUGAUCAAGAACGUGAGAAGUUGUCAAAAGCGGCUCUGCAUAGUCGUCCUUUGAACGGGGGAUUGUCGUUUCAGAAAAUUCUCACCUUUUCAGAGGUGGACGAGUUCCUAGAGAAUUUGGCUAAUUCCUAUCCAAAUACAGUGACAUUGGAAACUGCUGGCAGAAGCUUCGAGCGCAGACCCAUCAAAUACGUAAAAAUUUCAAGCUCUGGAUUCCAAGACAGAAGGAAGCCCGUGGUCUUCGUGCAAUCCCUUCUCCACGCCCGCGAGUGGGUGACCUUACCGGCUAGCUUGUACGCCAUACAGAAGUUGGUGAUUGACGUCACUGAACACGACCUGGUUGAGAAGAUCGACUGGAUCAUCCUGCCUAUCGCCAACCCUGAUGGAUAUGUCGCUUCUCAUGCAGGUGAGAGAUUCUGGCGUAAGAACCGUGCCACCGGCUACUCUCUCUUCUGCAGAGGCGUUGACUUGAACCGUAACUUCGACUUCAUGUGGGGUAACGCGUCCAGCAACCUCGGAUGCUCCGAAGUCUUCCACGGCAGUCACGCUUUCUCCGAACCCGAAGCACAAGCCAUCAAAUCUAUCUUUGACCAGUAUAAAGACCGCAUUGAAAUCUAUUUCGACUUGCACAGCUUUGGCAGCAUGAUUCUCUAUGGGUAUGGUAAUGGACAACUGCCAGCCAACUCCCUGACUCUUCAAGUAGUUGGUGUCAAUAUGGCGACAGCAAUUGAUGCAGUAAAGAUGCCCUUCAACCGGAACUACGUGGUAGGAAAUUCAGCCCAUAUCCUUUAUCAAGCAUCAGGAACUGCUGGGGAUUAUGCUCAAGCUAUUGGCAUACCUUUAUCUUAUACUUAUGAAUUGCCUGGAUACAGAUUCGGAUUCCAGACAGCACUAGGUUUCUUAGUUGACCCUGAUUUCAUUGAACAAGCUGGUUAUGAAACAUGGCAAGGUAUUAAAGCAGGUGCUGAAUUUUUGUUGAGAUUGAAUUAACUUCAAACGGAUAUUUUUACU